AUGUCUGAUAUCAGUAUGACCGACUCUUCCCCUGAUAGUGCCACUCUUCCAGACUUCAAAUACGGGGAGCCACUGGACUUAUGGCUACGCCAACUACCAGCCAAACUGGAUCAUGAGCUGAUCAGUGUAUGGUUCCGUGAUCAUAACGAGGAUCGGAUAUUCGACAAAGGACUCCCGCUCGGGGGCCUUCUGUCCACGCUUGCCCAUCUUCCAAAUCUCAGAUACCUGGAGUUCUCCCUCCACCAGGACGUCGAUCCACUUCCUCUUGGAUUUUCGCCCCGAACCGUCGCACUGAACCAUCUCUGCGAACUAGUCUUCGUCUGCUGGGACGACCGUGGCACGGCUGGCAUCGACAGUAUCUUCCAUUCUCUCCGCAUCCCUCCGACAGCCCGGGUCACUGUCGAGAUGGAGUCUGAACCGGAGGUCUCAGACGAGUCUGUUAUAGAUGUCGACGACACCGUAACUGUCGAGACGGACUCGGAGAUCUCAGGCGAAUCUGGAAUAGAUGACGACGACAUCGUGACGACGCUCACAGACUUUGCGGCAACCGUCACCAAGCGCUACUCAUCCACCCCCUCAUGCUCAGUCUUGCUCAGUGAAAUGACAGGUUUAUUCACUGUUGAUGGCCCUAGCCUCGGAGACGAACGUCUUCUAUCCAUCGCCUUGAACGGAGCCUUUCGCAGUAUAUCUAUCCAGACCCUGAAAGCCCUCCCCAAGUUUUGUAUUUCUUGUCCCAGCCUUCGGGUGCUUGACCUUCCCGAGGAUUCCAACUUGGUGUCGCCACUUGAUGUUCUUCUCAAUGUCGUUGCAAACAUGCCUCAACUCCGCGCCCUUGAUUUUGUCUCCCUUUCCAGCGCCAACCUUCCCUUUCAGCAGCCCAGGAACCAUUCCUCCAGAGCCCAUCUCAUGCAUCUCCUCGACUUCCAAGUGGCAGUGAAAGCCAAAUGCGAUUUCCCCGUCGUCGACUGUCUCCUUUCCUCGAUCAACAUAUCAGCAAGAACCAAACUCACUCUAUGCGUUGAAUAUCCGGGAAAUUACCGCUCUGGUUUUGGCCUAUUAGACAUCCCUUUCCUGAACGACGCACAACAACAGGUUUCCUGGUGUCAUCUCGAGUUAUCUGACGAUUUCUGCGUACUCAAGGGUAUUACUGAAGGACCCGCCAGUAAUCACGAUGGUUCUGAGUCUAGGAUCCCGUUCUUCGAAGUCUGGACGGAAGAUCCCGCAUCGCGAUAUUGUGUCGACACAACCCAGUGCUUACAUACCUUCCUGUCUCGUCAACCCAUCACAAGGCUCUGGAUCGAUAUCGAGAAACUCACCCGGGGAGAGAUGCCAAAGGUCGAGCCUGCCUCGUGGGACGAUCUCUUGUCGUCCGUCCCGUUCUUGGAGGAGCUAGGGUUGCGCGUCGAUAUUUGGGAAUGCACUCGUGCUGGUGCAUCCUGUGCUCUGGUCGAGAGUGCGAGAGCGCUGUUUGAUGUUCUUCAGCGUCAGCAUCCGAAGGUCAUUUGUUCCGAGCUCAAGCGUCUUUGGUUCAUCGCUCGUACUACUGAUUCUUUGGCGAGUUGUGUGCGCUAUAUCCGGGAUCUUGUAAGGGUUAGGGAUAGCAUGGCUGUUCCGAUCCGUGAGGUUCGUUUGGCCGUGGAUAGGGAUCGUUGGGAAUGGGAGGCUACUAGGGAUGGAGAUAUUAAUCGACUUAGGAGCGAGAUCGAAGUUGAGUAUGGGGUCGAGUUUGUUGUCGAGUUUGACAUGCAGGUGAUAAGCUUCCCAAAGCCGAGCAUAGAGGAGUAG